UUGCUGUAUUCUUCUGUUUCUCAACGAAUCCUAUAAACAUGAAAUUUCAAGUAUCGCUUAUUGCCACUGUCACCCUCGCAGUUCUCGCCUCUGCGUCUACGCUUCCAAGGGACUGGGAAGCCCUCGAUGUUGAUGUCGAUCCCGAGUCUUACCUCCCAGUGUCCGGCCAGGUCGUCUUCGAGCCGCUCUCGUUUGACGGAGAGUUCGACUUCGAUGUGGAUGGAGAUUCUGUCGAUGAUGCCAUCCUCGAAGACUGGAAAACGUCCGUCGUGAGGCAGCACAACGUAUAUAGGGCUCAAUAUGGUGCCGCGCCCCUUACGUGGAGCGAUGCCCUAUACCCAGCUACAUCUCAGUGGGCUAGUCAGUGCAAGUUCCAACACAGUAACGGACAAGGGAAAUACGGAGAGAACUUGGCUGCCGGGACCGGGAGUUCUUAUGGGUUCUCCAAUGGCCUCAAGAGUUGGAUGGACGAAGCUUCUAAAUAUGACUAUAAUCAUCCCGGCUUUUCCAGUGCUACUGGUCACUUCACUCAGGUUGUUUGGAAGAGUAGCAAGCAGGUAGCAUGUGCUAUAGCUAAUUGCAAAGGCGGAACUAUCUUUCAACAACCAUCGAAGUAUGUCGUUUGCAGGUAUUCUCCACCCGGGAAUUUUGCUGGUCGUUUUGUCGAGAACGUUGGCAGACACAAAUAAGUUUCAGGAUCAUUGAGCAUGAGGCAUCAGCUGUACUCUACCAUGGACGAUAUCUUUUGUACGUACUUAUUGUUACAGUCGUAUCCGUACUACCUUCGUAGUUUCUCAUCAAGUCGGUGACAACUGACUAGUAAGAAGUUCAAGCUACAAACUCGACUUCAGCUGUCCAGACACCUACACUUAUCUUACGCACACCCAACAACCUGGCAUGCCUUAUCCUCUCAAUCGAGUCGUCCGAUGGGUCCUGCGAAAGAGAUAAGAAUAUGCCAUUAAAGAGACUCAAGCACGAAUUGCCUGCGUGUUAGCACCGACAAGUCCUCUGUAAACUGCUGUGGCUGCGAAGAACGCCAGUCCGUGAAGUGUGAGUCGGGCAUGUGAACAGCUCAGGUUGAAUAUUCGUUGCAGUUACUCUAUCAAAUCAUC